UAGUGGUAGUAAUCCGGUUGGGAGGACAGGAUUGGUAGGGAGGGGAAGACUGGGGAGAUGGGGACCAAAUCAUGCUGCCGACCCAAUCGUGACACGAUGGAAAAGGGAUUCGAAUUAUGAAGUACUUGUUGAUAAUGACUCGGGUCUCCCCAUUCUACAAUUCGUGGCAAUCAUUAGGAGAGACUGCGGGGCCUGGGCUCUCCCUGGGGUUCCACUUAAUUAACUAUUUAAGGGAAUGGUCGAUCCUGGCGAACAAGUUUCCUGCACUUUAAAACGAGAGUUUUGUGAGGAGGCUGCCAACAUUGAAAUGAACCACAAAGUUAUCGAAGAGUCACUCCAGAAUGGGGUGGAGGCAUAUUUUACCAAAGCAGAUACCCAGAUUUAUCGAGGAUAUGUGGAUGACCCCAGAAACACGGACAAUUCUUGGAUAGAGACAGUGGCCGUGAACUAUCAUGCGGACGAGAUGACGCAUUUGUCAGGGGAUGACGCAGUGGGUGUCCAAUGGAUGGACUUUGUGCCUGGAAUGGACAUUUAUGCUAACCAUUCGUCCUUCAUAACACAAGUGGCAGUUAAUCGAAACGCCUUUAACUAA